GCAACGCUGUCAAGUCGAGCGAUGAGCAGCAUCCUACCCGCCCUCAUUGCCAUAACAACCGAUGGCACAAUCAGCAUGGUUCGAUUAAAUAAUGCUCCUCGCAUUACGCACCACACGGCUCAACAGGGGACUUAAUUAAAACAGAAUACUUUUUUGGGAAGAGAGAGACAAGGCGAUCGCGCAAAGGUGACACGUAGCCCCAAACAAUUUACGUCAAGAUCAUCUAGACCAGCUGAACCCUGCAGGUGCAACCGCAGACGGCGAACGCUCGUUGUCGGUCAAGACAGAAAAAUAAGCGAAGAAAACAGGAGACCUGUUUUAGAGAGCUGCGGAGAUAUUUCUACAGCGGGAAAACCACGAGGUCGAAAAGGUUUUCUACCUAGCUCGUUUUAUGCGCGUGGGUCUCCUCCCCACGAGCAGGAAGUGUAACUUGAAGCGUGGGAAAGCUGCGUUAUCUCGGGGGGCUGCUGAGACUCACUGGCAUCGUUUGCUCCGGUUUUCCCCUGUUCCACCAUGGCUCGGGAGAAUGGAGAGUCCGGGAAAGGGACGUGGAAAAAGCAAGUCGACGACAUCAAGAAAAUAUUUGAAUUGAAAGAGAUCCUCGGAACCGGGGCAUUCUCUGAGGUGGUGUUGGCCCAGGAGAGGUCUACGGGGAAGAUGUUUGCUGUGAAGUGUAUCCCCAAGAAGGCCCUGAAGGGGAAAGAGAGCAGCAUCGAGAACGAGAUCACCGUGCUCCGCAAAAUCAAGCAUGAGAACAUAGUGGCUUUGGAGGACAUCUAUGAGAGUUCCAACCACCUCUACCUGAUCAUGCAGCUAGUGUCGGGAGGUGAGUUGUUUGACCGUAUCGUGGAGAAGGGGUUCUACACAGAGAAAGAUGCCAGUACUCUCAUCAGACAGGUGCUAGACGCUGUCGACUACCUCCACAAGUUGGGCAUCGUCCACAGAGACCUGAAGCCAGAGAACCUGCUGUAUUUUAACCCCCAGGACGAGUCUAAGAUCAUGAUCAGUGACUUUGGUCUGUCCAAGAUGGAGGGCAGUGGGGAUGUCAUGUCGACCGCGUGCGGAACGCCGGGAUAUGUGGCUCCAGAGGUUCUUGCUCAGAAGCCCUACAGUAAGGCAGUGGACUGCUGGUCCAUCGGAGUCAUUGCAUACAUCCUGUUGUGUGGCUAUCCUCCAUUCUACGAUGAGAAUGACUCCAAGCUCUUUGAGCAGAUCCUCAAAGCAGACUACGAGUUUGACGCGCCAUACUGGGAUGACAUAUCUGAUUCAGCCAAAGACUUUAUCGGCAGUCUGAUGGAGAAAGACCCGGCGAAGCGUUUCACCUGUGACCAGGCCCUCAGACACCCAUGGAUCGCUGGGGACACGGCCCUCUGCAAGAACAUCCACGAGUCUGUGAGCAGGCAGAUCAGGAAAAACUUUGCCAAGAGCAAAUGGAGGCAAGCCUUCAAUGCCACUGCAGUGGUGCGACACAUGAGGAGACUGCAGUUGAGCAGCAGUAUGGGCCAGAGCAUGGACAGCUCUCACCCUCACCCUCCUAACAGCCGGGCCGCACAGAUGCAGAACCAACGGAACCAGGCCAACCAGAACCAGGCCAACCAGACUCCCAACCAGACCCCUAGCCAGAGCUCUACUCAACCCUCUCUGAGUCCAAGCCAGACUCGGAGCCAGAACCCUAAUGCAGCCAUUAUGAAGAGCUUUUCUGUGGACUCACCUCACAAGGACUGUGCCCCAGCCACUCCCACCCCCUGCAGCCUGGCGUCUGCAGCCUCCUCUGUCCCCUCCGGGGGGGCGGAGCUUGCCCGGCCCCACCCAUCCACUGUUGCCACGGUACUAACAGAGACUAAGUGACGCCAGGUCCCGCGGGGGACCAGCUGGGAGGCUACGGCGCUGUGAGAGAGAGAGAGGGGUGAAAACCGCACCCUCCCCUUCCUUACCGUGCCCCUACUACCCCCACCCAGCCUGCCCCCCGCCCUGCCCCUCCCCCACGCUGCAUCUGGGAGGACUGGGAGAGCAGAGGACUCUAAACCCAUUGCACCAAUCACAACACGCCAUACUCACCUUGGACACGCCCAUUGUGUCGACUCUGUGGACCCACACCCACUCCGAGAGCAUUAUUAAUUGGUUUACCUUUUGAGUGUUUGUUUCUGUCCGAAACCAUGAUGAGUGAAGUGGGUGUGUUUUCAGAAGCUGCCGUCGGAUUGGGCGUUGUCUACGUCCGUCAAACUCAAUUUCCCUGUAGUUUUUCCGGCAUCUUCUAGAAGGUCCUACUUGUGAGUUUUUAAAUUCUGUUUAUUUUCUUGUAUUCACCCUCUGGGUUAACAGUUACCAACUGGAUCAUUUUUCAUUUGUGUUUUCUUGCGCUUUUCCCCCCAUGUUUAUGUUCCCGUGUUUAAGACGUGCUUUAAAAGUACCAUAAGACUGUUGAGUGACGUUUCAUGAGUAAAGCGCUUUAUCUAUUUGCACGUUGAGGUUUGGACGCGGUUUCAGACCUAGAUAAUGUGUGUACAGCUACCAAGACUCUUCAUCUACGUGAAUUUAUCAGACAGAGAAUGGAGAUUGUAAACUGUUUUAAAAUACCCAACAUGGGGUCAGAGCAUUGUACAACUUAUUUGUUAAGGGAAACAUGCACUAUGUUUAAUUAUUGUCUUACUUUAUAAGACUUUUAUAAAGACCACCCUAUAUGGGACGCAUAUACAGUAUAUUAUAAAACACACUGCAGGUUUGGGAUGGAGUUGUGGAGAGUGCUGGACAGGGAGGCCCCCUGUUAAAGUUUUAACCAUCACCUGUUAGUUACCUGUGGGGUUUCCCAUCCUAAAGAUCAUGGGCUACAGGUGGGAAACCAGGCACUUCCAAAUGUGCCUCAGAAAAAGCCCAUGAAAAAGAGCAGCCAUCUCUGUAGUGUCGUGUAAGCAUGGGGAAACCCUGACCUACUGUAUCAGUUCCCCAGGUUCCAAGACGGUGGAGCUGUUGUCUCUACCCCCAUCCCUUUUACAAAGCCAUGACCUCACCACAAGAGCCAUCAUUGUGAUGACAUCCUCAACCGGCACCCAGUACACAAGUUCUCAGGGAUUUGGACUGGGCGCCGUGGUGACCCUUGUUGCUGUAGAAAACGGUUGAUUUGUCUACACAGUUAAAUGCAAGUCCAACGAUCCCUUUAUGUCAUUGUAAUGUCUAGCCAAAGCACUGUUGAAACAGAGAAUAUGUGGACACUGAUUAUACCUGAUUAAACACUGAUGGUUAGCUAUGAGCUAGACCUACGACCCUGGCCGAUCCCCACUGAGAAAUGGAUUGUUUUUAAACGAAGGACUGAACUCUGAUAAUCUGGAGAAAGAUGACAGAAGACCAGAUGUUUUCUAUUUCUCUCCCCCUUGCCUUCUCCUUUUCUCUCUGUCCCACCCCUCCCCUCCCUCCUUCUCUUUUUCUCUCUGUCCCACCCCUCCCCUCCCUCCCUCUCCUUUUCUCUCUGUCCCACCCCUCCCCUCCCUCCCUCUCUUUUUCUUUCUAGUUUCUUUAAGACCAGUUCACUGUAGAAGUUUCACCCAACACUGGGACUGUUACGCUCACGACACCAGGGUCCCCUAACCAGACUAUGGCCAGACACAGCCCUGCAUAUAGCCUACAUAUAGAGGUCAAAGUGCAGUAUUAUUAUCUGGCUUCGUGGUGCUGGGUCAACCAUUAUUAAGUGUGAGGUCAUCGACUGGAUUAUUUUAGGGGGUGGGUGGGCUUUACUUUAGGGCUCCGUUUUUGUUAAUUAAUUUAUUUUAAUCGAGGCAAGCAUGUAUUGUUUUCUGAUAUGAAUGGAUAUAUUUGUUGGAAACGUCUUGUGAAUAUGAAUGCUAAUUUGUAAGAUAACCUAUGCGAAUGUUGUGCAGUGCGGGCGUGUGUGUGUUUGUGUGUGGGGGGUUGAUUUGUAUUCUCUUUGGAAUGUUUAAUGUGUUUUAAAUUAGCUACAGCCCCCCACACCUCCAUCCCGCACCACACCAAGCUUUGAUACCACGAUAUUCAGAGCAUACCGUACUGAACACUCAGUAACUGCCAUCUAUGGCGUUACCAUGGAGACGACGCCAUCAAUAUUCUAAACAAUAUCCGACUAAAGAAAAUACAAAUAAAACCAUUUUAAAUUUAAAAGCAAACUCAGGCUUUAGUUUGCAAUGUGUAUAAACGUUGAAGCUUUGACUGAUACGACAUCCACUGUUAUGGAGCUGUGCGGUUUUUACACGUAUCUGACUAAGUCAUCGGUCAUCCACUUUACCCCCUUGCUCACUGACACUACGGCAACAGGCGCCCCAACACACCUAAACACAUGCCCAUGAUCAGCUGUCAUGAGAGAGAAAAAAAUCCCACAAUGCAUCGCAACGCUUUUUUCUGAAGAUGAAAUGCAAAGCAUGUUGAAAAGUGCUUAAAGAAAUCCAACUCCACAAGUGUUUGCAUCAACUUUUAUAUGCCAUUGUAUGAUGUGAGUAUCUGUAUCUAAAGAAGCAGAUCAAUGUGUCCAUAGAGAGCAGAGUAUUGUUGGGGACCACUGCAUCUUCCUGUGAGGUCCAGAGCCCGGGGAAUGGGCCAUAUUUACGCUGCAUGUGACCAAAACAAACCUCCAUCUUGUGUGGCGGUCUCUCACUAACGACUCCUGGUAGAUGUUCCCCUUAACCACAGAUCUAGGAUCAGAAAACUCUCCCUCAAUCUAAAGCUUAACCAUUAGAUACUAACUCAAACAUAAAUCUCAGAUCAGAAUAUCCUCCCUCAAUCUGAACCCUAACUAAUAGAUAUACUAACAACCAUAGAUCUAGGAUCAGCAUAUCCUCCUUUGAUCUGAACCUAAACCAUUAGGGGGAAGAAAAAAUAUCUGCCCUUGUGUCAGUGGUAAGGGGCAACUUUCUUCCUACUUCGUUAAGCAGACACCACCUUCCAUUUUGUGUGGCAGAGUGAGUUGCCCUGCCACUCUUACUGUGCUGUGAUGACCUUCUGUUAUGGGGCUUGUAUAUCCGAUGCCUUCGACAAUCAUGUGCACAUAUCAGUUACCAUGACGACGACAGAGGCCAGAAUGACUGAUUUAGUUUUUUUCUCUCCUGAAAUAAAUCCUGAACAAUCAUAAAG